GUCUCACAGUGUCACCACACCAACGUAAACACAAAAAAAGCUUGAGUUGAUAUGUCUGGAACAGAACAAAUCAUGUCAACUAAGUUUAACGGCGUUGCCUCACCCACCACUGUCCGAGCUACCAUCGUCCAAGCCUCCACCGUGUACAACGAUACACCCGCCACUCUAGAAAAGGCGAAGAAGUAUAUCGAAGAGGCCGCGAGCAAUGGAUCGGAACUGGUCGUGUUCCCGGAGGCGUUUAUCGGAGGGUAUCCUCGCGGUUUUAGGUUUGGUUUGGCUGUGGGAGUUUUUAACGAAGAAGGCCGUGACGAGUUCCGCAAGUACCAUGCUUCAGCCAUUCCAGUUCCUGGCCCUGAAGUAGAAAAACUGGCGGACAUGGCAGGAAAAAACAACGUGUACUUGGUAAUGGGAGCGAUAGAGAAAGAUGGGUAUACACUCUAUUGCACAGCUCUUUUCUUCAGUCCACAAGGUCAGUUCUUGGGUAAGCACCGUAAGCUCAUGCCCACAACCUUGGAACGUUGCAUAUGGGGUCAAGGGGACGGAUCAACCAUCCCCGUUUACGACACUCCCAUUGGCAAACUAGGUGCUGCUAUUUGCUGGGAGAAUAGGAUGCCCCUUUACAGAACUGCAUUGUAUGCCAAAGGCAUUGAGAUUUAUUGUGCACCUACUGCUGAUGGUUCGAAAGAAUGGCAAUCGUCCAUGCUUCACAUCGCGAUCGAAGGUGGAUGUUUCGUGUUGUCAGCUUGCCAAUUCUGCCAGCGUAAAGAUUUCCCUGAGCAUCCUGAUUACUUGUUUACUGACUUGGACGAAAACAAAGAACAAGAUGCUAUUGUCUCCCAAGGUGGAAGUGUCAUUAUUUCACCUUUGGGACAGGUUCUUGCUGGACCAAACUUUGAAUCCGAGGGUCUCAUCACAGCUGAUCUUGAUCUUGGUGAGAUAGCUAGGGCCAAGUUAUACUUUGAUGUGGUCGGACACUACACCAAACCAGAUGUUCUCAGCUUGACCGUAAAUGAGGACCCGAAGAAGACAGUUACAUUUGUGUCAAAGGUGGAGAAAGCAGAGGAUGCCUCAAACAAAUAAUCAUAUAUUUUGGUACUCCUCAGUUGAUAUUAGUCACAUGUAGGAGUCAAGUUCAACAUGUUAUGUUGAGUUUCAAAAUUUAUGACUAAAGUUUGUUUUUUUUUUCUUUUCUUUCAAUAAUUGAAGAGGACCAAUUGGUAAGAUCAAUGUUUGAGAAACCAAUCGGUUCUCUUCUCUUGUAUUUCAAGAUUGUGCUAUUUUUAAGUUUGAGUGUUGUGUAGCCGUAAUACCAACCAUGUAGCCAAUUGUGACAAAAUAAUAAGGCUUUGAUUUCAGUUA